ACCCUUUUGGACAAACACGCUAAAAAAACAAUCAAUUGCGUUCUUAAAACAGCGUUAUGGUUUCGCAGGUACAAGGCAGCCUCUUUUGAAUUUGGGAAAACGAAAGGAAAGUUAGUUUGAAAUCAAAGUCACGCGUUCUCGAAUAUUCGUUUAACGACAAAGAACAUCAGACAGAAGAAGUGAAAAACCUCCUCCGAUCCCCUCACACUCCUCUGUUUCUCUCUCAUCGCCGUACCAGGUUGCCGAAUCCUGAAAUGGGUGUAGCGGCGAAAAUAGCACCGUCGAUGCUAUCAUCGGACUUCGCCAAUUUGGCUUCCGAGGCUAAGCGUAUGCUCAGUCUAGGCGCCGAUUGGCUCCACAUGGACAUCAUGGAUGGGCACUUCGUCCCAAAUCUAACCAUUGGUGCUCCAGUCAUUGAAAGUUUGAGAAAACACACAACUGCCUAUCUUGAUUGCCACCUCAUGGUCACAAAUCCUCUUGAUUAUGUUGAUCCUAUGGGAAAAGCUGGUGCUUCUGGUUUUACAUUUCAUGUUGAGGUCUCCAAAGAAAAUUGGCAAGAACUAGUCCAGAAAAUUAAGGCAAAGGGCAUGAGGCCUGGGGUGGCAUUAAAACCUGGGACGCCUAUUGAAGAAGUUUAUCCACUGGUUGAAGGCGAAUAUCCUGUGGAAAUGGUCCUUGUAAUGACUGUAGAACCUGGAUUUGGCGGACAAAAGUUCAUGCCAGAGACUAUGGAAAAGGUUCGGGUGCUAAGAAAGAAGUACCCAUCACUUGAUAUAGAGGUUGAUGGUGGUUUAGGGCCUUCGACCAUUGAUGUGGCAGCUUCAGCAGGGGCAAACUGCAUUGUUGCAGGAAGUUCUGUAUUUGGAGCUUCUGAGCCAGGCCAAGUAAUAUCCCUCCUGAGGAAGAGUGUACAGGGAGCCCAGCAAAACAAUUGACAUGGUACAAGCCAAAUACAUCAUGAUUGGAUUGUAUUAAACUUAUUUACUGUGUGUACAUUACCUAUCUGUUUGAUGAAUUAAAAUUGCAAGGCCUGUACUUUCUAAAGUGUAAUAAGCGACACUUGCAAACAUUUUGGAAAUAAAUUUAUAGGACAAUACCAUUUAUUUCAUUUA